AUGGGCACCGCCGAUGUACCAAAGGGGAUUAACAUCUCUGACAACUUUCGGGCAUACUACGUCUUUCCCUCUGCCGCCUACAUUUCGUUUCCUGAUACAGGUGGGUAUAUCACGUAUGUCAGCACGGACGACAGCACGGACGACGGCACGGCGGCCUCCAGGGAGAGAGGUUGGGUCAUCCACUACGCUCGGCUUGGCACAUCCUACGCUACCAUACCCCACUAUUUAGGACCAAUCCCGCCUACUCGCCUCGAUCUGAACAUCCCAGAUCAGCUAGACUGGCCGCCACAGCUAUGGGACAAGCUUGGCGCCCGUGACAGUGUCCAUGUUGUCGGCACACGCAUCAACUCUCUGGGCAUUUCCAGGCAUCUUGUAGAAGGCCUCGAAUGUUGGUCUAGCCGUACCAAGGACUUUGAUCGAGUUUACCUGGAGCAGCCAUUUGGAUCGACGCUCUUCUUGCGUUCGCUGACCGUAUCUCCCGCCGAUAUGGAGUUUGAGAUCCGCCCAAAUAAGACCUUCAGUCUCCCAGGAGUCCUGCUUUCGGCCCAGGAGCUGCAAGUCAUGUGGGGCUUCGAUGCUAAGACGAUGCCACCGACAAUAUCGUACACGAAGCUGCGCUACGAGAGGCAACUGGCCAAUCAGGCCAUUCUUGUCUCCCUCCUGCCUGAAGGUGGCUGUGAAGGCGAUCGGCAGCAACUGGUCUUCAAAUCGUCUCGAGUCUCUCCAUGUACCGUCUAUCACGAGAUCAAGGUACGGCUGUCGAUGUGCCCGCUGAGAACCAUCGUAGAAUCUCCAAAGUUCUUGGUCACCACAGAUGUGCCCGGAGCAGAGCCGCAGCAGCGCGUGUGUGGCUUUCUCACGAGAUAUUACGAAAAUGGCACAUUGGCCGACGCUCUCACCUCUCUGAGAGAUACUGGUCGUCUGGCUCUGAAGCAGCAACUAGGGUGGGCGCGCGACUUGGUUUCGUCGCUCAUCCAUAUCCAGAAUUCUCCUGCCCGCUUUUACUCGGACCUACGUCUAGACCAGCUCGUCCUCGAUGCGAAUCUAGAUGGCAGCACGACAGCCGUUCUUCUCGACCUUGAGCAGGGUCGCAAUAUCUACAACUGGGCUCCACCUGAGAUCUACUAUCUAGAAUGGAUAGCCGAGCUGGGUUAUUGGGAAUUUGCACGCACCGACCAGCUGCCUGGGGAUGUCAUGACAAAGUAUCGCGCCAUUCUUGAACACUACUUCGAUGCUCGGGGCUAUUCGACUCCGCUCCAUCGCAUGGGCUUGAAGUACGACAAUCCUCCACACGGCUGGUACUGGCCUUGGCUACAUAGCAGUCCGCAGGAACAAGAGGCCGGGAUGGUCUACAUGCUGGGAAAGGCGCUCUGGUGCAUUUUCGAGGGUAUAGGCGACGCCGACAUUGUGCUGGGUCUUUCCAGUACCAGUGAUGGUGGUCAGCGGUUUCCCGAAUUCAUCCGCACCCCUCCCGCUCUGCAGGUGCUCAUCAGAGCCUGUACUCAGGGUGCCCGCGAGUGGAUCGACGGUCCCAUCAAAAUCUACCGGAGAGGAGGAAGGAUUUUUCCGUUGGGCAAAACUGGCCGCAACGGCGAGGAGGAAGGAACAGCGGAAGAAACCGUGGCUACCAUAAAGGAUUUUUGGCUUAACGAGAUGCACAAGGCCGAAGCGUUUGUUGCGGCCCGAAUUCGAUACGUUAACAAAGAAGCUACCGAGGAUGACCUGAAGCUGCUUCCUUAUCUGCGACGCCCAACGCUCAAGGAUGUCUGGACCACAUUGGAUGACUUUUUGGCCUAA